CAGUAACACCGAGGCAGCUAUCGCGCACUUUCAAAAUAUAAAGUUGACAUACAGUAGUGAAUUGUUUGUUACUUUGUUUUGAUAUUACUAGAUUUUAUUAAUUCAACGACAAAAGUUUGUAGUAGUUAAUAAAGUGUUAUACUGCAGAAACGAGAAAUUCCACCCUUAUUUUUUCAAUACUCGAAUUUUUAAUUAACAAGUCAUUAAAUACAUAUGUACAUAGGUACAUACAAACAUUAUAUAAAUAUGUGUAUAUAUGUGCAUAAAUAUAAAGUAAAGAGCCAUUGUUAAAGGGAGUAGUCGCCAACGCCACAACUACCCCCGCAAUUAUCAAUGUUUCAGUUCUGUAAAUAGUGUUUAUUUUCCAGUUGUCUCGGCAAAGAACAAAUGAGCUUAAUAUUCAAUUAUACCUACAAACAAUAAAUACAUGCACUUAACAAUUGAAAGAAAAUAAACAGUGUGCCGUCUCGAAUUAGUCGUUAUUACUUAUUAUCACACCAACGCAGGAAUUUAUAACGAAGUUCUGCAAAGGCUACACGGGAAAGCUCGCAAAGCAGCAAACAGUUUAAACCAAACAAACGGCUUCAGCGAUAAGCGUUCUAUGGUGUUGUAGAAAACACAAUGGGUUGUGUGUGCGAAAUGAUUGGCCUUGCCUGUAUUUUGGCGCUCAUCCUCAGUUUUUCCUCCAAAGCGCCGUACCAACUUAAAAUGGCUACUUUCAUGAUUGGAUCUGGUGCUAUCGUACUUAUUUGCAUACCCCUUAUGAUAUUUAGACCACGGGACUAUCGAAAUGCUUUCAUUCCUGCUUGGGGCUGUCGACAGCUUUGCAAAGCACUCGGCGUGACAAUGGAGGUUCGAGGUCUGGAAAAUAUUCGGACGAAACAUGGUGCGGUAGUGCUUAUCAAUCAUCAAAGUUUUCUUGAUUUGUGCGGCUUAGCAUAUUUAUGGCCAGUCAUUGGACGAGCAACGGUAGUGUCGAAAAAAGAAGUUCUGUUCUUUCCAUUCUUUGGGUUCGGAGCUUGGCUUUGGGGCACGCUGUUCAUAAAUCGCUCCAGCAAGAAAGAUUCCAUCAAUACAUUACAGAAAGAGUCCAGGGCUAUCCAAGAACGAAAUUGUAAACUAUUGUUUUUCCCGGAAGGCACACGCAAUACUAAAGAAACAUUGCUGCCAUUCAAAAAAGGUCCCUUCCAUAUUGCUCUUCAAAGUCAGUGUCCUAUCCAACCGGUUGUUAUAUCUAAAUAUUAUUUUCUAAAUGGUGAAAAGAAAUCAUUCCGUCCAGGACAUGCCAUCAUUUACAUCUUACCUGAAAUUCACACCGCUGGAUCCGGUGUGGAGGAUAUGGAUAAUAUUAUUCAAAACACUAGAAACACCAUGGAUAUUGAGUAUAAAAAAUUAAGUCAGGAAAUACGAAGGCGUGGCCAUUAAUUAUCCUCCUAAGUACAUACUAUACGUACAUGUAUGUAUCUACUUAUAUAUAAUGUACAACUUGAUUUAUAUUACGUAGUUAAAUAUACUGGGAAGUGGAACCAAAGACAAGCAUGCAAUGACAAAGGGGUUUAAGGCUUCUAGUAAAUGCAAGAAGAAAGACUUUUAUACCUACAUAUUUUGCUACAAUAUUAUUAAACAAAUAUACAGAACUGCUAAGUUAAAUGCAAAAAAACUUUAGAUAGUUUGUUAUUAAAACAAAAAAUAAAUGGAUUUGAAAUUACAUACAUAUGUACAUAAAUGUACAAAAAUAAAAAUAGAAAAUUUUAGUAAGAUAAUGGAUAAGUUGCCUUCUUAUUUGUCUUUAUUUGAAAAUACUGCAUUCAUAGUUUUUAUGUAGGGAAGUAGUCAUGCAACUUGCUCCGUCAUUUAGUUACUGGAAACUGACACUACAGAGAUACAUAUUUCAAGUUCAAACGAAAGAAUAUGAAAUUCUUAAAAACACAAGCCUUAGGGCUUGCAUAAAAAUAAACGAAGGAUACUUCAAACGAUAGUAAGUAGUAACCGUUGUACACUUUCUUUAAUUCUUUGUUUCAGAGAGCACCAGUGACUAGAAUCACCUUCGUCUAAACAUGCGACCUUACUCGUAUAAUCGUACAAAUGUAUUUAGUUUAGAUUUAGAAGACAGAAGAUCUAUUUAAAACACACUUAUGCAAAACUUAUUUGAAAUUUUAAAAUCAAAUGUGUAGGAAUAACGAUAUUGCAAAUCUCCAAGUGCAGCCAGGUCACUUUCCACCUGGCCUUUCCAACAGUGUGGAGGCCUUCCACUUCCUCUGCUUCCACCAGCGGGUAUUAUAUCGCACACUUUCAAAGCUGAAGUUUUUUCGUCCAUUCGAGCAACAUGACCUAGCCAGCGUAGCCGAUGUCCUUUUAUUCGCUGAACUAUGUCAAUGCCGUCGUGUAACUCGUACAAUGCCAAUUUUCAAAGAACUAUAAACCUUCCGCCAAACCUUUAUCUCGAAAACUCCUAGUGUCGUCUCAUCGGAUGUUGUCGUCGUACACGCUUCUGCACCAUACAUCAGGACUGGAAUAAUUAGCGACAUGUAUAGUUAUUAGAACUGUGUCUUGCUGCCAGUCCGGCAGCCCUUAUAUAGUCGAUUGUUGGCAAUAUAUCGCCACUCGAACAUUUUGGCAA